AUACCCCAAUAUGAACGCAUCAAUCAACCUCACUAAACGUCUAGGAAUCAAAUACCCACUUCUCCUUGCUCCAAUGGCUGGGGUUCUCACUCUGGCAUUUUCUGCAACAGUCACUAAUCUUGGCGGGUUAGGUUCAAUUCCAAUCUCUCACAUUGAUUUCACUAAUGCAAACUCAAUUGACCAAUUGGAUAAAUUAAUGAGUAAAUAUCAAGUGCGAGAUCGUCUGUCUGUCAAUUUGAACUUCUUUUGUCAUGAGCCAGUUCCGGAACCUACUGAAGUCCUGAUUGAUAACUGGAAACAAUUGUAUCGCAGAGUUAUCAGUGAUGAGGAUGUGGUGGAUAGAGUGAGAUUAUUCACUCCAAGCAAAUCCUUUAAAGAAUUUGAAACCGACGAAGCUGCAUUGUCCAGAUUGUUAUCUUGUUUGGACAAGUUCAGACCCAAGGUUGUUAGUUUCCAUUUUGGGAUUCCUGCAAGUUCGACAAUUGCAAAACUUCACGACUUGGGAAUAUUGGUGUUUGCUUCGGCCACAUCGCUCGACGAAGCUGUUUAUUUGCACAAGUUUGAAAUUGAUGGAAUAAUAUUACAAGGAUUUGAAGCAGGAGGCCAUCGUGGUAACUUUUUGAGCGAUGCCGAUGUAGAUGAAAAGCUCUCUACGCAACUGUUGUUUGUUCAAGUGAGAGAUCAUUUCAAAGGAGAAGGACCAUUCUUAAUUCCAGCAGGAGGAAUUGAUGAUGGUGCCAUAGUGAAAUAUUACAUUGACAAUGGUGCUGCAGCAGUUCAAGUGGGUACCGCCUUCCUUGGAGUGCGUGAAUCUUUAACUUCGCCAUUCUUUAGUAAUGUUGGUAGAAGCGAGAGAAGAAACACUGCUAUGGUCGAUUUAGUUUCUGGAAAGUUUGCUCGUACUGUCCGUACCCCGUUUAUUGAUGCGUUGAUCGAUAGUGCUAAGAAAUUCCCAGGAGAGUUGCCAGGAUAUGGAUAUCGUUAUAAUGCAUAUAAAGAAUUGAGAGGAUUAAAUAAAGGAGAAUUAGAUGUUGGAUUUUAUUUAGCUGGUCAGAACUACUAUCUGAUCAACCCAGAUUUACUGAUUGAAGAGAUUGUCAAGAAUUUAACCAAAGAUCUAUAGAUUUAUAUAGUUUUUUUUUGUUUGGAUUGUCGCGACAGUCUUCAAAAUUGCGACAAAUAAUUUUCUUGAGAUUUUCUGGUGAACAUUAAAAUUUUUCUUCUUUCAACAUCAACUCAAUAGUUUGUCAAUCCGCAACCCAUUAAGGAACUUAAAUAAAACAGCAUGUCUGACGUAUCCAAAUUCCAAAUCACAUUAUCUGACGAAUCCAAAGAAAGAAUAAUCAAGAUCUUGGACGUCACCAAGACCAUUGCUCACUUUGGUUUCAUUCCAUUUGUUUUAUACUUGGGAUGGUCUAGCACCUCCAACAAGCCAAGUAUAUUCAACUUGUUAUCUCCAUUCCCAUCUGCUUAAGUUAUUUCAUAUACUCAAGGUACCGAAUGUUAGAACUAUUGGUUUUGAGCUGAUUAUACGUGGUUUGUAGAGAGAGAGAGAGAAUUGUACAUAGUUUUAUUUUUAACGUAAGAUCAAAUAAACGAAGAAUGUU